AUUUGUCAUUUGACAGUUGUUACUAUUUGAUACUUGUUUUUCUCUCUGUUUCUCUUCUGCUAUUUUAUCAACAAGCAACAAGCAUGGCUGACUCUGUGUCCGUUGGGAGUGAUAUUCCCGAAAAUAUAUCUAUUGACACAUUAAAUACUGAGCUUGAGGAGCUCGAUGAUAAUGAAUAUGAUAUACCCCCUGUUGAACAUGCACCAACUCUGGAAAGUAUUCUUAAUGAUGUUGAUGACAGAGGCUCUAUCAGUGAAGAUGAAGUGUCUGGGAAUCACCUAAUUCAUCCAGGAGAAGCUUUUGAAACCUGGUCUAUGGGCAGCAUAGGCGGACGAAGUAGAAGUUCUUCAGAACGCCAUAGUACAACUAGAUCCUCAUCAUCAAGAGCCCCCAGUAAUGCCAUUCCUGUCAAAGCCGGAUCUAUUCUUCGGCAUGUUAUUCUAAAGGCUAUAUCAUCUCAAGUGGUUUCUGCAAGUGAUCGCUCAGAUGCAGGUUUGCCCACAUGUAUAGCAGUGCAGAUCAUGGUUGCUGUUGGCACGUCUCAUGGGCUUGUCCUUGUGUUUGACUCUUCACAAACUCUGAGAUGGUGUCUUGAUAGCCAGGACAAAGACCAAGGCUCUGUUUCAGCAUUGUGUUUUAAUUAUGAAGUUACUAGGUUACUUGUUGGUUAUGCAAGGGGCCAUAUUCUUAUGUAUGAUGUAAAAACAGGAAAACUGUUACGCACAAUGACAGAUGUACACGCACCUGGGACAGCAGUGCUACAUGUCAAGUUCACAGACAAUCCAAAUUUAGCCCUCUGCAGUGAUAGUGGUGGAUCUGUAUUUGAACUCACUUUUAAACGUACCAUGGGGGUGAGAGGCUGCUCCUCCAAAUGUUUGUUCUCAGGUAGCAGGGGUGAAGUGUGCACCAUUGAACCAUUGUUACUUGAUUCUGUACCUGGCCAUCCUUUGCAUGGUACAGUUCUUGUAGCUAUGGCUACACUUUCAAAGAUAAUUGUUGUUAGUAUCCGUCCAAGAAUGAAGGUGUUGUUUACCUUCCCACUCAAGGCACAUCCAGCUACUUUACCCCUAGUAUCGUGGCAGUUUGUCAUUAUUCAAGUUGGUGAACAAUCAAGAGUUGUUGAUCCUGUUCUUGCAUUUGCUAGGGAAUCUACUGUUCAUUUUUAUCAGGUUACUUUAGAUAUGGCAAGUAAAAUCAGGUUGAUUCCUCUCCAAAAACUAUGUGUUCCAUACUUGCUUCUGUCUUUACAUUGGUUGAAUCCAAGGACUUUAGCGACUGUAGACACACUAGAGCAAGUUCAUCUUAUAGAUGUUCGAUCUCAAAUUGAGCUAGAGGUUGUAGAUAUAUCUAAUGCUGGAUUAGUAUAUGGAUCGAGUCACUUUAAGGGCUUGUCUACUGGUGGCAAUGUUAGCAAAGCAUUGGCUCUCGCUGGAGAGCGAGCAUGUUAUAAUUCACUACUCAGUUUUGGUAAUCAGAUGGUCAUUCUGGGUACUAGAGGUCUUCAUGUUUUAGGAGUUCGCACCUGGAAAGAGCGGUUGGAUCAUUUGAUACGACAGAAAAACUACCUGGAUGCUUUGGCAUUAGCCUUGGCUUUUUAUCAAGACAGAGCUAAAGCUGUGGUCGGAUUGAAAGGACCCAAAUGCAAACGCAGGGCUCUCACUCGUGAUAAGGCUAUCGAUAUUCUCUAUAAAUAUAUCGAGUAUGGUAUUGGUCAGGCACCCAGUGCCACUGAGCAUCUGUACCGUGAAGCAGUACCUGCUUGUGUAUUGUACAGCAUUGAAUUGAAUGAGCAAGAUAUACUCUUUAACCAACUUUGGGAGGUUGUCUCACUUUAUCCUGUUUCAAAAGCUAUUUAUUUAGAAGCGUUGGAGCCCUACUUAUUAAACGAACAACUUACAGAAAUACCACCACAAAUUGUUCAGGACUUUGUUCAGCACUAUUGUAAUAAUAAAAAACUUUUGGCUCUUGAGGCAUGUGUUGUGCAUAUCCCUGUGACAUCCCUAGACUUUCAUCAAGUGAUGUCUAUAUGUUGGGAACAUGGCUUGUAUGAUGCUAUCAUACAUCUUUACACCAAAGGAAUGCAAGAUUAUGUUAACCCUUUGCAAGAACUUUUGCAUGUUCUACAGAAUGCAAUUGCUACGGGGAGGCAGCUUUCAAAUCAACAAAUAACUUUAGGAAAUAAACUUUUAGUUUAUAUAAGCUGCUGCUUGGCUGGAAGAGGCUACCCCUAUGGGGAUGUUCCACCAGACUUGGUGCAAACUGUGAAACAAAGGGUCUUUCAGUGUGUCACUUGUCAGCAUAGCUUAAAUGCCAAAGAUACUGAACCAGUCUACCCCUAUUUAAGGGUCCUACUCCAGUUUGACACCAAGGAGUUCUUGAAUGUGUUAGCUCUGGCCUUUGAAGAACCAGAAUUCACAUCUGAGCUUGGUCUACGAAGAAAACAAUUAGUUGUAGACAUUCUCCUUCAACUGGUGGUGAAGGAGCAAGGAUUUAGUGCAAGCCAGGUUGGAGCUUUACUGACCUUUUUAGCUCGCCAGUUGGCUCAAAAUGGACCCUCUGAUCGAUUGCAUGUAGAUAUUUCUUUAUUUGAGCGGGUUGUCGAUCAUCUGACAGAGCCUGGGGCUGUGGGUUCCCAGAAAGAAGAGAGGGAACAAGCUCUUCUUGAACUCAUGCAGGCUGGAGGUUUGAGUCAAUUUGAUCCAGAAGAUCUGCUGAGGAAAUCAGAGGAAGCAAAGUUUUACCGUGUAGAAGAACUUUUGCUACUAGAGCGAGGAGAUGUUCAUUUAGUAGUAGAUUGCUACCUUCAAGAUCAUCCAAGGCGCAUGCAAGUGUUCCAAUUUUUAUUUUCUGAGUUGUCUACCUCCCCCGAGAUUGAUAAAAGCAUGCACACUUUGCUGCUGAACACAGUUGAGAAAAAACUAAAGGAUCUAGUUGCUAUUGAUGCUACACAAACCGGCCAGUUGAUCCAUCAGUAUUUGCAUCCUAAACUUUAUGAAAUUAUUGACAAGCUCAAUAAUGAUCCCUCAGCACAGUAUGCUAUACUUCAAGGCCUAUUUCUGUAUUACAACCAGAAUCUUAGUCGAGAGGAGCCUUCGCCAGAGCCAGUUCUUGCGGAAAAGUAUAUUGAGUUAUUAUGUCAACACUGUCCAGAGAAUCUAUGUGACUUCCUUCAGACAAAUCAGUGGUAUCGACUUGAUGAAGCAUUGAAUACAUCAAAAAGAUUCAAUCAAGAUGAAGCAACUGCUCUUUUAUUGGAGAGAUCAGGUGACUUUUUGGGAGCCUUUUCUAUGCUCUUGAAUCGGUUGGAACCAUAUAUAGCAAAGUUGGAUGCUGAAAAUACAGUGUCAAUUCAAAAGAUAAACACAAUAACUGUUGAGUUAGUGCGACUUAGCAAGAAAGGAUCCGUUGCAUUGGAUGUUUCAACCAGGCAAGACAAUCUAUGGUUUCCUUUGUUGAGAAGUUUGCUUAAAGCACACAUAGAUCAUAAAACAGAAAUACGACCUCUACUUCAGCAAGUUUUGAACAGUAUGAGCCCUUAUGUGAAUUUACCAGAAGUAAUACAAAUUAUUCUUCAAGACCCAGCAUAUCGUGGUGGGACUUUUGGUGAAAUCCGAGAUCUGAUGAUGGGGAUGCUGGGUAACUGUUGGUAUGAAGAGUUGCUACUUCAGUCCACAUUUCGACUACUGAGUGCUGAUUUGCAUAUGCAGUUAGCAAAAGAACUCGCAGUCAACAAUAAAGGGUUCGGCCCGAGAGCUUCGGCAGCUGUUCGUAAUUCCCCUAUUUGCAGUUAUUGUCGUGACUCUUUAGCAACUGUUGGGGCUAGUGAGGAUGAGAAAGCCAUUCUUUUCAGGUGUGGUCACUCCUACCAUAUGAGGUGUAUAGAGGAACCUCCACAGUGCCUGAAAUGUGUUACUUGAAUUUAUAAAAAUGUUUACAUGUGCCAUUGAAUGUUUUAUGUGUCAAAGUUCAUUUGGAAAAUGUUGUCACUUCUCCUAGUAGUACUAGCACCUUGACUAUACGGAAGCAUUUACUCUUGUCUUGUUAAGCAAAGACACUAACUCAUAAUUUUUGUAAAGCAAUUUUAUUUGCUCAAUUUUUUAUAGUGUUGGUCAUUCCAUUUUUUGCAGGGUUGUUUAAUUGUUUCAUAGCAGUAUUUUAUAUUUUCCGUAUAUUUCUCCUAGAGGAAUGUAUAAACUCAGGUCUUAUAAAGCAAGCUAAGACUGCAAUAGUCACUAGUCUUUAUAUGUAGAUUUUCUGUACUCAUGUUUGAAGCUUUAAUAUAUUAUUUAUUACCUGUU